AUGGGUCAGACUCUCUCGGAGCCGGUGGUCGACAAGAAAUCCGCAAACGGCGAUGGCGACUCGAUUAUCUUUGGUGUUUCUUCUAUGCAGGGCUGGCGAAUCAGCAUGGAAGAUGCCCAUGCCGCAAUCUUAGACCUUCACGCCCUGAGCGAGGAUGGGAAAGCGACACCCGACGAUAAGCGGCUAAGUUUCUUCGGUGUAUACGAUGGCCAUGGUGGCGACAAGGUGGCGCUGUAUGCUGGUGACCACCUCCAUGAGAUCAUUGCGAAGCAGGAGGCCUUCAAAGGAGGUGAUAUAAAAAAGGCGCUCCAGGAUGGCUUUCUGGCGACCGACAGAGCAAUACUCAGCGAUCCCAAAUACGAAGAGGAAGUCUCAGGGUGCACUGCGUCGGUCGGCAUUAUCUCAAAGAACAAGAUAUACGUGGCAAAUUCCGGAGAUUCCCGAAGCGUUCUUGGGAUAAAGGGCAGGGCGAAACCUCUCUCCUACGACCACAAACCGCAGAACGAGACCGAGAAAGCGCGUAUUCAAGCCGCGGGCGGUUUUGUAGACUUUGGCCGCGUCAAUGGUAACCUUGCGUUGUCACGCGCCAUCGGUGACUUUGAAUUCAAGAAGAGCGCAGAGCUCCCGCCCGAACACCAGAUAGUCACAGCCUUUCCAGAUGUCGAGAUACAUGACAUAAACGAGGAUGACGAGUUUUUGGUCAUCGCUUGCGACGGUAUUUGGGAUUGUCAAUCGUCUCAGGCUGUCAUCGAAUUUGUCCGACGGGGUAUCGUGGCAAAGCAGGAACUCUCGGCCAUUUGCGAGAACAUGAUGGACAACUGUCUGGCUUCGAACAGUGACACUGGUGGUGUUGGCUGUGAUAACAUGACCAUGAUUGUCAUUGGACUUCUCCAAGGGCGUACCAAAGAUGAAUGGUACGAAUCCAUUGCGAAGAGAGUCGCAAAUGGAGAGGGUCCAUCCGAGUUCCGCGGUCCUGGAGUCCACCACCGAAUUGAUGAUAGCCCUGAUGAUAUCGAUAUGGAUCUUGAUCAUCGCUUCCGCCCAAAUAGCGGGCUGGGUGGCCGGAUCAUCCUCCUCGGAGAUGGCACGGAGAUAUCAGCCGAGGCUGGCGACGCUGAGAUGUUUGAUCAUGACGAUGAGGAUAAGGAUUUAGAUUCACAGGUGAACAAGUUCAAGUCAGAAGGAUCCUCAAAUGGCACAGAUACCGCACGUAAUGCGCGCGAAGAAACUCCCGGGCCCGCUCCCCUUGCUAGCAGCAAUCCAGGGCCGACAGAGUCACCGUCUUCAGUACAGACGGAGAAGUCCGAGACUAGCGAGGCUAAAGCAAAUCCCGAGAAGGACUCCCACAUGCCCGACAAGCCCAUCGCAGGCGCAAGUGAGAAGUAG